CUGCUCCGCAGCCUGCCCCAGCCGGGGAUGCAGCCCCGAGCCGCGCGUCGAGACGUCGGGGCACGGCGGCCCGGAGCCCACCGGGGGCUGAGAGUCCCCAGAGGGAUUUGAAACUGGGCCAAGCGGGGAUGGAAAUGUCAUUGUCACAGCACGGGGGCCCAGCUCAGUAACCGCUGCGCUGCGGGGAAGGGAGCGGGACACGGCGGCACCGAGCCCUGCAGCCCGAGAGGGACGGCGCAGCCCUGGUUGGAGGGGGCAGCAGGAGGGCUGUGGGGUUCAUCCACGCUCCCACGGGCUGCAGAGGCCACAGGACGAUACCUGCGGGCCGGGAGCCACCCCACGACCCGCGUGGGGUUUUUGGGACAUCGGCCUUUUGACCAGACUCGGGCCCAAUGAGGAGCUGGAGCCACGUGUGAACCUAUGCAGACCAGGAAGAAAUACAUUUUCCUUGCUUUGCUCGCCUCUUGGCUCCUCGUUUUCUUCUUUGGAGGGGACCAACUGCGCCGUUUCGCUUUCUUUUCCGAGAGGAAAGCUGAAGCCCAGAGGGAUUGGCCCCACUGGACUGAUCAGUCCCUCCUCAAAAGCUUUGCAAACCCCGAGGAGCUCCAGAGCAAUGGGGAUCCCUCAGUGCCCUCACCCCGGGAGCGGCGGGCGGCACAGGUGAGCAUCUACAAGAGCAGCAGAUGCCGGAUGGAAACCUGCUUUGACUUCUCCAGAUGUGAGAAGCACGGCUUCAGGGUGUUCACCUACCCCCGGGACAGAGACCAGCCCAUCUCAGAGAGUUACAGCAAGAUCCUCACCUCCAUUGAGCGCUCUCGCUACUACACCCCAAACCCCGAGGAAGCUUGCCUCUUCGUCCUCAGCAUCGACACGCUGGACCGCGACCAUCUCUCGGGUCAAUACAUCCGUGAUGUUGAUGAGAAAAUCCGUGGCUUCCCGCUUUGGAACAGUGGCCGCAACCACCUCAUCUUCAACCUCUACUCGGGCACCUGGCCCAAUUACACCGAGGACCUGGGCUUUGACAUUGGUCAGGCCAUCCUGGCCAAAGCCAGCUUCUACACGGAGAGCUUCAGGCCUGGCUUUGACAUCUCCAUCCCUCUCUUCCCUAAGGACCACCCGCAGCGUGGUGGGGAGAGGGGAUGGCUGUAUCAGGACUCGGUCCCCCCAAAGAAGAAAUACCUGCUGGUGUUCAAAGGGAAGCGGUACCUGACCGGCAUCGGCUCCGGCACCAGGAAUGCGCUGCACCACAUCCACAACGGGAAGGACAUCAUCUCCCUCACCACCUGCAAGCACGGCAAGGACUGGGAGAGGCACAAGGACACGCGCUGCGACAAGGAUAACGUCAACUAUGAAAAGUUUGACUACCAGGAGCUGCUGCACAACUCCACCUUCUGCAUUGUGCCCCGGGGCAGGCGCUUGGGCUCAUUCCGCUUCUUGGAGGCACUGCAGGCUGCCUGCAUCCCCGUGCUGUUGAGUGAUGGCUGGGAGCUGCCCUUCGCCGAGGCCAUCGACUGGGGCAAAGCUGCUGUCGUGGGCAAUGAGAGACUGCUCCUGCAGAUCCCCUCUGCCGUGCGCUGCAUCCAUCCGGAGCGUGUGCUGGCUUUCCAGCAGCAGACCCAGUUCCUGUGGGAUGCGUACUUCUCCUCUGUGGACAAGAUCGUGCACACCACACUGGAGAUCAUCAAGGACCGGCUGCUUCAGCACCGCUCCCGUUCGCGCUUCCUCUGGAACACGCUGCCCGGGGGGCUCCUGGCCCUGCCCGACUUCUCCACACACCUCGGGGACUUCCCCUUCUACCACCUGCAGCGCGGGUCCAGCCCCUCCAAGAAGUUCACGGCUUUCAUCCGAGCCACCUCGAUGGCGGGGUCCCUCUCUCAGCCCAUGCUCAGGCUCAUCCAAGCCGUGUCCGGAUCCCAGUACUGCGCCCAGAUCCUGGUGCUGUGGAGCAGUGAAAAGCCGUCACCGCCGAGUGGGAAAUGGCCCCAGACCGCUGUGCCUCUGACUGUCAUCCAGGGCAGGAGCAAGGUCAGUGACCGCUUCUUCCCCUAUGCAGCCAUCCAGACGGACGCUGUGCUGAGCCUGGACGAGCACACCAGCCUCUCAACCAGUGAGGUAGACUUUGCCUUCGUGGUGUGGCGCAGCUUCCCUGAGCGCAUCGUGGGCUUCCCUGCACAGAGCCACUUCUGGGAUGCUGAGCAAAGGCGCUGGGGCUACACCUCCAAGUGGACCAACGAGCUCUCCAUCGUCCUCACCACCGCUGCCUUCUAUCACAGGUAUUAUCACAGCCUCUUCACCGAGUACCUGCCGGCGGGGCUGCGGGAGCUGGUGGACGGCCUGGCCGCCUGCGAGGACAUCCUGAUGAACAUCCUCGUGGCCGCUGUCACCAAGCUGCCGCCCAUUAAGGUGGCCCAGAGGAAGCAGCACAAGGAGGCAGUGCCCCAGCAGGUAGGGCGUGAGGAUGGGGAUGCAGGGACGCCCCUGGCCGGGGAGCAGAGCCCCUCACCCCCAUGGUCUCCUGCUGCCAAGGGGCAGGGCACAGCUGGUGGCCAGCAUCUCUCCCAUCAGCAGGACUGCCUGGACCAGUUGGUGGACUGGUUUGGCUACAUGCCCCUCGUGUCCUCCCAGCUGCGCCUCGACCCCGUCCUCUUCAAGGACCAGGUCUCCAUCCUGCGCAAGAGAUACCCACACUUGGAUAAACCCUGAGGGCUGCUGGGGAUUUGGGUUGGCUCCGAGUGGCCCAUUCCUGGCGCAUGGAGCCCUCCCAGAGCAGUUGGUUACUGCUGACGGGGUUUUAACCGUUAUUGGGUUUUACCAAUGCAAUAAAGGUGGGUGGAGAGGUGGA